UUUUUUUGUUUUUGAGAAAAAUAUACAGGUUUUCUAUGGUUCAAAUUAACUUCAAGGCUAAAAUAGACACACAGAAAACACAUAAAUUCACAUUUUUUUAGAGGAAAGAUUCUUUCACAAAUCUCAAUUCAUUGAAUGUUCACAGAAAUCCAGCGGAAGUUCAUUUAGCUCGUCAACUGUCAUGAUGAAUUUGACAUUUGACAUUUUCUGAUCACAGAACUAAAUAAUUCUCCCAGUUUUCUUCAGAAAAUGAUCCUAUCCAAAUUUUUAAUACUGAUAUGUUCACUUUUUCGUUGUGAUGUCCCAAAAACGACGAAUAUCUAUGUGUCGUUUCUCUCACAAGUAGUUAGGCGAAAAAAGAAGUUUCCUUUCCCUCAUACCAAACCAAUGAAGCAAAAAUUAAUAACCGAAUAUGUCAGUAUGGAAAUUAUACGAUUCCAAAACGUGCUAAACAAAUUGUAAAUAUGAGUAACGGGAUAAAUUGUGGCACCUUGGAAGUACCAGCAUUAAGUUAGAAUCAAGUGACGGACAUGUUGGCCGCUUAUGUUUACGUAUUAUCAAUUAUUCUCCUUCUAUUUCACGGUCAUUGUUCGGAACUCAAAACCCUCCUCAGGAAAGACAGAUACUUCUUGAGGAAAAAAAGAUAUUUGGAAUUUCCAGAAGGCAGUAACAUAGUGUUCACCCUUUCGUUUGUGAAAGCUGUCAUGGUGAGGAAGCCAAAGGGCUAUAUGAGCCUUCUGGAAUGUGAUGUACCCUUCAAACUUCCCUCAGCCACCGACAGACCGAUCAAGAAAAAAUACAGAUACGGCAGAAAUGCAGAGUUUAAAAAGAAAUGGAUCAAAGUGUUCGAAAGAUUGGGUAUAGACGGCGAAGCGUGCGUAAAAAGGAUCAUUUGCGAAGCGGAAUCUAUUGUGCGAUACGAAAAACUAUCGAUAAUAUCUAGGAUUAUUCAAACUUUGUUCAGCGAAUAUUUCGAAUCGGAGAGAUGUAACCCCAAUGAAUUGGAAGAUUGCAUUUUACCUCCGCUCCCCAAAAUUCUGAUGAAGAUUUUGAGGCUCGAAACUUUCAAUUACUGAUAAGGACAAUUAUUU